UUUCACUUUGCUACAAACUUAUCUCGUCGUGUUGCUGGUUUAUAAUUUAAUACAUGGUUGGUUAUCAAUGAAUGAUUUGUAGCAUAAAGGGAGCUCCACACACAUCAGCUGUGAACGUUACAGAGAGUCUUACCUCAGAUCUCUUAUACUAGUAGGAAAUACCAAAUCUUGAGAUGGAGAAUAUAUCCCUUUUUGAUCAUCAAUUUGACCCCAAAUCUUCACCAGAGCUACCGACUUUUGCUAGUAUUCGAACAAUAACAGAAUCUAAAGUUGCUGUGCCCGUGCCUCGUCAUCUCUAAGAAUCUUUAGUGGCACGUGCUUGAUCCUGGGGGCAUCAAAACGGGCCCAAUGAAAAAGGGUUCGGUUCUGGCCUACCAUUUUAUCCUCCUUCACCUUCCCUCUCCCUCUCUCUUUUGGGAUUUAUUUUCCACAAAAAUUGGAGGACUCACACUUUCCAACUCUCUCUUCUGCUGCACCCAAAUCAACAAGGAGAUACAUACUACAACCAUGGAUGAUGAUGAAUAUGCCAAGCUCAUCAGGAGAAUGAAUCCUCCCAGAGUUGUAAUAGACAACAACGCAAGCGACGAUGCCACUGUUAUUCAGGUUGAUAGUGUCAACAAACAUGGGACUCUGUUGGAAGUAGUGCAAGUGCUCACUGAUAUGAAUCUUGUGAUCAAGAAAGCUUACAUCUCUUCCGAUGGAGGUUGGUUCAUGGACGUCUUCAAAGUCAUCGACCAAGAUGGCAAUAAGAUCAGAGACACACAAGUCCUUGACUAUAUCCAAAGGAGGAUAGAGAGCAACGCUGGCUGGUUCAUUCCACCUUUGAGAAGCUCAGUUGGUGUAAUGCCCACUGACGAAUACACAGCGAUUGAGCUCGCUGGAACUGACAGACCCGGUCUCUUGUCUGAAGUAUCUGCUGUUCUCACAGACCUUCACUGCAACGUUGUGAACGCUGAGAUAUGGACUCACAACACUAGAGCUGCAGCGGUUAUUCAUGUCACGGACAAUUUAACUAAUUCAGCCAUUACUGACCCGAUUCGCCUUUCCACCAUUAAGGAGCUGCUUUGCAAUGUAGUUAGGACAAACAGCGGUUCAAGAGCUGCGAAAACAGUUUUCUCUUGUUCUGAUACACACAGGGAGAGACGGUUGCAUCAGAUCAUGUUUGAUGAUAGGGACUACGAGGGAGUCAAGAGAGCCAAGACAUCGGCGUCAAGGCCCAGUGUCACACUAAUGAACAUUGAGAAGGAUUAUACCGUUGUUACCAUGAGGUCCAAAGAUAGACCAAAGCUUGUGUUUGACGUAGUCUGUACUUUGACUGAUAUGCAGUAUGUGGUGUUCCAUGGCAUGGUCAGUACAGAACCAGUGGAGGCUUAUCAGGAAUUUUACAUCCGUCAUGUGGAUGGACUUCCCAUAAACUCAGAAGCGGAGCAAGAACGUGUCAUACAAUGUCUGGAAGCAGCCAUUGAGAGGAGAGCAUCCGAGGGUUUAGAGCUGGAACUAUCAGCAGAAGACCGAGUUGGUCUCCUCUCAGACAUAACCAGAACAUUCCGAGAGAACAGCUUAACCAUUGUGAGAGCAGAGAUCUCAACGCGAGAGGGUAAGGCUAAAGACACGUUCUACGUUACAGACGUGACUGGAAACCCGGUUGAAUCAAAAAUCGUGGAGUCAAUCAGACAACAGAUAGGAGUGAGCAAGCUGAAGGUGAAGAAGAAGGAGGAUUGCUCUGUUCUUGGUACAAGCCGGCCUUCGCAUGAAACAACAAUGGGGUAUUUGCUAAGUAACAUCUUCAAACCAAAGUCUCUUCAGAGCUUCAAGCUUCACCUAUCUCACUCAUAGAGUAUGUGCUUUGUAUAGAUUAGACAGAGUAGGGCAUAAUUUAAGAUGAUCGACAAAAAAAAGUAUCGAACUUGUGAACUUGGCUUAUAUCAUUUGAUCUAAACAAGUCCCUUGUAUGUAUGUAAAUUAGUGUGAUCAAAUAACAGGAACUGGCUUUGAUUA